AUGUAUGAGAAUAAGAUGAUGUUUUCCAUAGAACGUAUAGAGCGCGGGUGAGCAAAUCGACAUGCGUAUAAUAAACCUUAAUUUUGUAUCAGAAACAACCCCGAGAAUUUUUGCAGGAUCAAAAAAUUACAAGAUUUGGUUAUUUAUCAAGAGCUGUGUUACAUUGUCUUUUUUCCUUUGGCCGCAAAAUCGUAAAAAAUUGUUUAUUAAUAAGUAGAUUAUGAACUGAAGAGUACUUAACAGAUUUAAUAAGAUCGUUUUGUAACAUUUGGAUAGUAAUAUUGACAUUGUCUGUAUUAAAAUAAUAGAGCAACUGCGUAUCCCCUGCAAAAGACGACAAGAGAAUGAUCAAUACUGUGUGCGGAAUAGCAGCGGCUCCAAUACAGAGCCCUGAGGCGCGCCUAAGGCCCGUAUCGUCAGUCGUCCCUACAAUUGUAGGGCGCGUUCAUGGCCUCCUUGAUUGUCAUACUCCUUUCUCUAGAAAAAUUUCUAGAUUACACUUGUCCCGUGUCAGCGUCAGCGCUCUCCUAUUGUGAAGAUAUGUUUUCUUUUUAAAUUGUAUGAAAAUUUAGGCUGAUAAAACAUGAUAUAACUCAAAAGCAAGCACAAUUUGAUGCAAAUAGAUGUUUGUGACAUAACCUCAAAAUAGAGUUCUGACAUGGAGAAGUAGAAAACUAUGACCCUAGGGCCUAAGGGAAUUAUUGUCACUGGAUACAUUUCUUGCUAGACAAAAACACACUGAAUACUUUUAUGAAGGUAACUGUCAAAAAAUUAAAGGGAUGAAUUCUAAGGCACUUAAAACAUAGUCUUGCAGAUUGAGUAGGCCAGAUGUUCCACUAGGAUUUUUUCUAAAAUCGGAUUGAGUGUCAGAAAGUAUAUAAUUUUACUACUUCAUUUGAAUUGCAGGUCCUCCCGGUCCGCCAGGACCCCCAGGGCCAGCUGGAAAGAGGGGAAGGAAAGGAAAGAAAGGAGAACCAGGAGAAUCCGGACCCCCAGGGUCCCCAGGAACUCCCGGCAAGAAUGGCUUUCCGGGUCCGACAGGGGUGCGAGGAUAUCCGGGAUUUCCGGGUCCGAUUGGCUUGGACGGUCCAAAAGGAGAACCAGGUCGAACCGGCGAUAAAGGGCAAAAGGGAGCCGCCGGAAGCGCGGGCAUUGACGUACUCCAAGCUGUCAAAGGGCCAUAACAUUUCCGGUGAAACAAUCAUCACACUGAAAGGCGAACCUGGCGAACCAGGACCCCCAGGACCCCCUGGCCCCCCAGGUCCAGAGGGAAUGUCGGGACACGACGGCAGGCAAGGAAUGGCAGGUGAACCUGGAUCUAUUGGACCUAAGGGGGAUCCUGGACCUAUAGGGCCGCCUGGACCCCCAGGCAUGGAUGGACUUACCGGCCCUAAGGGCGAAAAGGGUGACAAGGGCGAACGAGGCUUGACGACCACCUUGACGGGCGAUCAAUUCCCGACGGGAAUCAUCGAGGGACCGCCAGGACCUCCGGGGCCUCCAGGGCCAAAGGGAGACAUUGGGCUUUCUGGACCUGCUGGUGAACCGGGGAUGCUUGGAGAACCCGGACCUCAAGGACCACCUGGCCUACCGGGCAUGAUCGGUCUGAAAGGGGAGAAAGGCGAAUACGGAGACAUCGGCCCCCCUGGACUGAUGGGACCCCCCGGCUUGCCCGGACCCCCCGGAUACCCCGGACAAAAAGGAGAGAAAGGGGAGAAAGGAGAAUCGAAGUACAAAAAGCUGCGGAGACGACAGGGAGAUGGCACCGGAGAAAUCACGGCUGGAGAAAUGAUAAUAGGUCCACCUGGUCCUCCUGGACCUGCGGGCACACCAGGGAUACAGGGCCCCCCGGGAAUUAAGGGCGAUCGGGGUCACGACGGAAUCAAAGGAGAAAGAGGAGAAAAAGGAUCGAAAGGAGACCCGGGACCAAUGGGUUUGCCAGGUCCAAUGGGACUUCGCGGCGAAAGCGGUCGACCAGGCGACUACGGAAAGCCGGGCCCGAUGGUUUCAUAUUAGGAAUGUUAUUCUAUAGGUUUGUAUGAUUCCACACCAUGUCAAAAAAUGAUACUAGCUACAAUUUAUUAUUUCAACCUUUUUCAAAUUAGAACACUAUCAAACAUACGCGGAAACGGUGAUUUUUGUUGUGGAUUAUAACAAGAAUACAAGUAGUUAUGCUGAUUGCAAAAUAUCCGUUUUUUGACAUGGUUUUAUUUAGUUCAAAUGGAUUCUGUGCACAUAUUUCACAUUAUUUAUUCUAGUUAUUAUUUUUUUGUUUUUAUUUUUGUAAAUAUACCUCAAUGUGAAUCUUUUUUCUAUAUUAUAUUAACCUUAACCUGCAUUAUACUUAUCAAUAAAUGUAAGUACCUCUUCAGACGAGACGGGAACUUCGCAUUCGUGGCAGCAAUAUGUUGAUUAAAAAUAUAUCACUCAAUGUGAAACGGUAAUUUAUAUUGAUUAUGUGGCUUAUUUGGCUCACAUACAAAUAAUAAAAAAAGAGACAUUUUUUUCGGAGCAAAAAAAACAUUUUUUACUAUUUGUUAAAAAAUAUUUUACAAAGGACCCCGCACAAUCAUGUGGAAAAUGGAUCGCAGUCGAUUUUUCUAAAACUGCAGUAUGAUAUAUUUCUCGCUUUUCUAAGCAAAAGUUGUCUUUCGAUCAAAGCGAUCCUAUGAUUAUUUUCUGAGAAAUAGGGGUAUGUAUUCCUUUUAGAAUUGAAAAAAAAAAUGGUGAAUGUGCCUAUUGAACUUCUCAGACCAAAAUUGCUUCCAUUAAAGCACCUUGCAGGAGGAUGUUGGGAGUUGACAUGUUCCUCACAAGAUCAAUAUGAGCGCAAGUGUUAAGGCUGAAGCAGAUCUUUCACGAGUUGUUCGAGAAUCCAGAUAACUUCGAUUCUCAAGGGUGCAGAAAGGUCGUGGUUAUUUUCUUGUCUUCGAUUAAGACCCUUACAAGGUGAUGCUCGCUUUGAAGCUGCCAGGAAAAGUGCUCAAGUGUGAACAUCGCUUUAAAUUGUUGAGAAUAACAAUUCUCUGAGUUUUUGGUCAUCGCACAUUCGCCAUCUUUACAAAUCGAGCAAACUUCAUCCACUAUUUCUCAGAAACUAAUCAUAGGAUCGCUUUAGUUCACAGGCAACAUUUGUUUAGAAAAGCAAGAAAUUUGUCGUACUGAAUUUUUAGGCAAAACGACUGGCACCCAUUUUCUAUAUGUUUUGUGCGAGGUCCUUUACUCGCGAGCUACUAUUAGAAAAAAAAGGUCGGGGUCUCUCUCUAAUGCAGGGUUUUAGCCUCGUCUGUACUCAAUAUCCAACAAUAUACUGUAUUAUGACGUCCAAAAAAGGAUCUGAAAGAUACAACUCCAUCUAUAAGACAGUAGCAUAACACAAAAUCUACUUUGUUUUGCUACUGUCUCACAGAUGGCGCUAGUAUCUUCCAAAUGCCUUCUUGGAUGCCGAUAUACAGUAUAUGGUUGAUUAUCAUCUGCACAAUUCGGUUUAUUUCAGCACACGUUUGAUUUCAUGGUGAUGAGAAAUGGAAUAUAGUACUUACGUUAUUUGAAAUAAUGCCUAUCUGUUUUAUUUUAAUGGAAGUAUGAUUGUAUUUUUGUAUUUAACGAUCUUAUAUUACUGUACUGAUAUUUUAGCCUAAUAUUAUAAUACAUCGAUUAAAAACAUGGAGCGUUCCAUUUCGAAAGCAUAUUUUAACACCCUUUUAAAAAUCUUUAGUGGGUGUUUCAAGUUUCAGUCUCAACAUUGGGAUAUCGGAAGUUACUUAAAUGUGGGCAUUUCAGGAGGUAAAAGAAAGACACAAAAAUCGUUUUUAUUCUCUCCUGGCAUUAUUUCAGAUUUCAAAAUAAAAAGUACAUUACCACUUUUUCUCCUCUACAAGAUGAAUUUCAAUAUGACGUUAAUCGUUAACUGUAUUUUUUCUUAUAAAUCCCACAUUGGAUUUUUGUACAGUUGGAAAGUGAAUUUUUCAGUCUGAUUCCAAAAAUUCGUCAUACAUUAACAAUAUCACACCUAAGUUAUUUAAAAAAAAGGAAAAAAAAUGUCAUAGUUGACCUUGAAAAUGACAGUUUAUCAUAUAUUUAUACAAUUAAAUCAGCAAUGCUUCAAUUUAUGAGAAGCAUAUUUAAAGACAUUCAUAUAAUAAUUAUCGACUGUAACAUGCUUCAUUUUAGCACGAUGGUCGUGCAUCGGUUUAGAUAUGGCGGAUUUGAGGUCAAGAUAUGUGCAUCGGCUUAGAUAUGACAGAUAAAAAAUGUGCUGAUAAUUUCAAGGCUUAUUUAGAAAGUUAUGAUUCUUUGAAAAAGAUAAGGUUUACAGAGGAAAAAAGUGACGAUAUUAAUGUUAUUUUUAAUUUACAUAAAAACAAAUUUGAGAUUUUUUUUAUUUAUCUCCGAAAAUACACGGGAUUUAUCUAAAUGCGCAACUUUGUCUCUGUUUAAGCGAUCUCGUAUCUUUUGAGGUUCCGAGAUCCCAACGUUGAGAGUCAAAUUUGACACUUCCAGUAUAUAUAAUUUGAUCCAAAAUUUAAUUUUUAAAUGCCAGUUAAGUCAAAAGUCAACACUAUAGACCUAGGUUUUCAAAAUUAUCAGCUUCAAACUAUACGAAACAGUCAAGUUCAAUAAAGACGCUAUCUAUAGCAUAAUAUUCAGUUAUAUUUUUUUGAUAAUUUAUUUCUAUAAUAUACCCUGAAUAAUACAUAUUUUCUAGUCCACUUAUUGUCACAUAUUUUUGUCUCACAUCUCAUAAAAUCAUGUCGCUCCACAAAAUAUAUAUACAGGGUGUCCGCAAAGUUGGGGUUUUCCUUUUCAGAAACAACUACCCUUGAAAUAACAAAGGUGAUGUGUAGUGAAACGAGGGCGACCAAGUAAAAAAAAAAUAAAGGAAAAAGUACUCACUCUCCAGUUGACGAGAAGGGCUAAGUACGUCUCUGCCCGAAAUCAUACCGCUCCAACAGAAAAUGAAAUCAGCUGAAACGCUACCGAGCAGACGCAGAAACCACAUUGAUUGCCUUACACUUAAUGGCACAUCUUCUAACAAGGAAGGCAAAAUGUUGCGUGGAAAAGUCUAGGUAUUGCAUCCCGUCCAAUCGAUUUGGGAGAAUAAAUGGUCUAAUGAGCAUACCGUUCACCAUGCCAGCCCAAACAUUCACCGAAAAUGUUUGUUGAAAAUGACCAAACAUGAGUGUUGCGAAAGUUAUUCACCCCAUUACGCGUGAACGUAGAUUCGUCUGUCACCAAUAUGCACUUCAAAAAGUCCGGAUUAUUGUCAUGUUGAUGCAACAACCACUCACAAAACCGCACUCUUGCUGGAAAAUCGUCAGGUUGAAGGGCUUGUACACGUUGGACGUGAAACGGAUACAGCCCCUCUUCACGCAGCGUUUGCCACACUUUAGUUUUUGAUACUUGCACUUCUCUAGCCACGUCUCUAGUGCUUGUUGUUUUUUGAAACGCAAUCGAUUAUACGAGUUCGUUUACCUCUACACGCGUGACCGUAACCGUCGGUUGAAGGUUGCAUACUAACCUGACACACUGACCCCGACCCAGUUCUGCCGUCGGGUUGAGACCUUGUACCAGUCGGGGAUAUCGCGGCGGGUCGCGGCUACAGGACGGUAUUCAGAUAUUUUUGAUGCUGCAGAGCCCUUUAUCUCGGUUCCCUUAAGACAUUGGUGUAUAUGGUACUAAGAAAAAUUGCUUAUGUUUUCAAGAUCUACACGUCGUGUAAAGGGAAACCCCAACUUUUCGGACACAAUGUAUAUCUCCUCAACUUAAAAAAGUGUCAUUAUUUCUAGACAGAUAAUAACUUAUAUAAUAAUAACCAAAAUUGCAUCUCUACGACUUCCUCAUCACAUAAUGCAAUGUGAAUCACAACAUUCACCGUUCGAUAAAAGAAGAUUCAAUUUUUCAGAAUCUUUUUUUAAAUGAAAAGAACAUCUUAUAUUUUUCGACAAAUGUCGCGGGCUAGAAAUAUUGUCACUAUUUUUUGGUAUUUAACUCGGAUUUACCAAAAAUAUUAUUUUUUAUCGAAGCGUUCUACAUACAACGAGGUACGAUUUAAGAAAUUGUCAAGUUAGUUUUUCUCCGAGUUCUGAUCAUUUCUAUCUGAAACCCAAACAAUAAAAAAAAAACGUUUCGCUUGUUCUAUAGUUUCUCACAUAUACAUUGUUGCAUUGUUAACAUUUAACAAAAUGUACAUCGUCCAUAUCGUACUUAACAUUUAUGAACAUGUUACUUACUGUCCAUUGACAUGUUCAACAUUAAUAGAUAUAACCGCUGAACAAAUAACGUAGGAAAAAAGUGUUUUCCAAUAAAGUAGAGUCAAAGUCAAAUACCUAAUACCUAAAAACUUUCUGCAACACAAAAAUUGAAAUGCACUGAAAAAAGCGUAUCGCUUAGCGCUUUGAAAACAGAAACAUAAAAAAAAUCUGUUUUUAGUUACUUUUCAUAUUUUCUAGCAAGUUUUCUUUAUUCAAAGUUUUGUUUCAGAAAUGUUGCUUGUUCAGCGGCUAUAUCAACUUUGAUAUUAUAAAUAUACCAUAAUAAUUUAUGAUAUAGUAUAUGUAAAAAGGGAUUUUUCUUGCAAAAAAGCAUAAGAUUUAGAUUAGUUACUAUAAAAACAGUGUUGUAAUAUACAUGUUAACAUUUUUUAUAGGUGUUUUAUAGUAGCAUUUAGAGAUAGUGUUGAUAAGACGAUACGAGAACUUCGAGGGUAUGUGACUGAUAUUAGCCUUUACGGUUUGUGAAACCUGAAAGAAUUGUAAAAUAUUUCUAAUUUUAAAAUAACAGAUGACGGCUAGUAUUGUAAGCUUGAUGUAACAUCGACAUGUACGGAAAAUAAAUGUUUGUGCAUG